AUGCCCUACUUUAGCUCGGUCAGAAGCGAGUUGGUCCAGAAUCCUGCCUCAAACCCGAGGCAACGGACUUCCGACGAUGUUGCUUUUAGGCCUCCACUACCGACUUUUAACCACGACGAAUCGACAUUAAAUAACCCUGGUAGCUUGGCAAAUGAGUCGGAGAAGUGCUCUCCAGAAGCCACCUUACAGCCACCUGCAGCCCCUACCUCAUCAGGGAGUGCUCACAGCUCGCGCAAGAACCGGAGGAAAGGUUCUCGUAUUGAACAUGGAUUGCGUGUGCACUGGGACCGAUUCCUGAGGAGAGUUGGAGGUGGUGUAGAAGAUUCAACCGAUUCUGUUGUUGCCGAGAGCGGGGAGCAGGAUGGUGCAGAGGUAGACUCGGAACGGCGCGUCACGGAUGCAGAUUAUGAAGAUGAAGAUACCGAAGACGAGAAGUCUGUAAAUGAGGUGGUAGUUGACCGUUCUUGGGGACGCUCACGGACAGGUUCCGAUUCUAUGUCUAUUGACGAGGACGGCCCGAACAAGUCAAGUAGUGAUCCUCAUAAUCCCGGAAGUGUCGACAAAGGUGGUACCUUGGGCAGUGACGACCUAGAUAGUGAUGCACGACAUUCUCAUCGAUUUUGGAGCUGUUGUCUGCCGUUAAGUAUGAUUAAAUGGCAACUGUGGAACUCGGCGGUCAAGUUUUUCUCGUCUCCAUUCCACAGCCAAAAGUCUGAGGAACGUUAUCGAAGAGAAAUCUGGUUCCAAAGCAAGCCUCUUGCAUUGUGGUCUUCUCUUUUCUUCGUUAUCAAUUGGGUUCUAGGCUGUGCACUCGUCCCAAAACCGUUCACGAUUGCCGAUACCAUUUUCUAUUUCGCGGUUGCUCCUGUUGUCACGCUACCAAUACCUUUUCUUGUGAUGUUUGACUUCGCUCGCGACAGGCCAUACAUUUAUAAUACGGCGGUUAUCUUAUCAACAUGGGCGUGGUCGGUGUUUCAGGUCGUGGAAAUUUUUCUCUGUGGCUACUAUUCGGGACACAGCCUGUAUGGCUUGUCGUGUGGGACCAAGGAUUUUCUGAGUCUGUUUUAUUACACGUCGGCGCUUCAAACAAUUGCCCUCUUUGGACUGAAAAUGAAUCGCUUUCCUGCAACCUUAGGAGCGUUGGUUUUUCUCGUUAUGUCCGCUUCCAUGGUUAUCCCGCACCGUAUUGGAUGGAUACGCAACGAUUUGAACUUCAUCUUCUUCCAGGGUUUCCUCCUUUAUAUUCAUUAUAUGAAAGAAGUUGCCGAGCGGAGGCUCUACGAGUUACGUGACCGACUCAAAAUUCAAUUCAAGGCAACGCAAAUGGCACAGGUUAAUGAGCGAAAGGCGUCAGAAUCCAAACGUCGUCUCACAUCCUACGUGUUCCAUGAUAAGCCUCGUUUCUUCGAACUAUACGCAAGCACCAGCUUCUUGGAGGGCGUUAAUAUGUUAGCUUACGAUCGCUCCACGCUCGCGCAACUAGUCAUCGCUGUGCAAAAUAUGGAGGCAUAUCGUGCUAUCCCCAAAGACCAAGAGGUUGAGUUCUCCGCUCUUUCGGGCAGUCUGAGUAUGAUGUCGAAAGUUUUGAAUGACGUUUUGGACUUCAAUCGAAUGGAUAGCGGCUUAUUGGAGUCUGUUUCUAUGCCUUACGCCUUUCAUGCCGUUAUGCGCUCAAUGUUCGUUCCUUUGAAACUGGCUACUGAUGCAAGAAAUCUCCAUUUCGACACUGAAUUGGACAACUCCAUUGAUAUCGUUGCCCGCCAUGCAGUCUGGGAAAGCCUCGUUGCCCAGGACAAGCUUGUUAUCCAAGACGGAAUAGAUACUUUCGAGAAAGACAUGGAAGCUCAUCCUGAUGAGGAUGGUGUUGUCGUCGGUGACGAGAUGCGCCUGAGGCAGAUCGUCACUAACCUUGUUAGCAACGCGUGCAAAUUCACACCGGCGGGUGGAACACUCACUGUGCGCACACGCCUCAUUUCACCCAGCCUGCCCCAAAGUUCAAGUGACAGGUACGGGCUGAGAUCGAAUGGAGACGCUUCUUCCACUACAGCCAACUCGCGUAAGCGAUCUUGCGACGUUGACCUUGAGCGAGGUGGAUAUUCUGGUCUGUCAGCACAUACACUGGAUCAACAUAAUGCCUCACACCGAAAAAGUUCCACUCUGGAUAAAAUUAUUGUGCGGAUAGAGAUUUCAGACACCGGAUAUGGCAUCAAGGCAAAGGAUAUCGCAAAGGGAAAGCUCUUCUCGGCGUUCAAUCAGACCCAACAGGGCAGACUUCAGGGCGGUAAAGGUACUGGUCUUGGUCUCGCACUUGUUCGACACAUUGUCUCGUUAAGUGGUGGCCGACUUGGUGUCCAGUCAAAAGUAGGGGUUGGGUCAACUUUCUGGGUUGAACUUCCCCUUGGAGUUGGCAAGAAAGCGGCAGGCGGAACUACCAGCUCUGAUCCAAGUUCCGACCGUGGGGGGCCUUCAGGUAUUGCAGGCGCAAGACCAAAACCUACCCCAGUGCAAUCAAUGGCAAGAUCAAGGCCUAGUUCUAGCAGUAGAACGGUUUCUCCUGCGAGAAGCCAUACACACAUGGGUGGUAGCAAUUCAUUCGGACAGGCAUCUCAGGCGUCGUCGGCUCUGAAGGGCAUCAUGGAGCAAGGUGGUCUAGUCGAGCUUGGACCAUCCAGGAUCACCGAGGGUGGAUGUUCUAUACCGACUCGCUCAAUCGGCGAUCCAUCGACUGGUACGGACACUGGCAGCUUAGCUGGUGAUCCACCAUCGCCAAACGACCGGGAGUCUAGGAACUUUCAGUCGACGAUGCGACCGAUGGAAGGUCGCGGCGUUUCCCCUACACGCCGUCCUUCACACGUCGACAUCCCAAGACGGCCUUCUUUCGGCCAUGCCAAAGGGUCUCCUCCGGCUUCAGCAGAGCUCACGGCUGAGAACAAGAGCCCGCGGCCCGUUGCGCUGGACCCACCGUUACGAGUACUAGUGGUAGACGACGAUCAGUUAACACGCAAGUUGAUGAAGCGGAUGUUGCAGCGAUUGGGUUGCACUGUAUCGACAGCCGAGAACGGGCAAAUCGCGUUUGACCUCAUCACGGGAGAUGGGCGCACCCCUGGGUCGGAUGGCGGCGAAGUUCCAGGCCAAACAACAGCGUCAUCAACCACGCCCAUGCAGCGCAACUUUGAGGGUCCGCGGUACGAGAUAAUUUUCCUAGACAACCAGAUGCCGGUUCUCUCGGGACUUGACCUUGUCGCGAAGCUACGUGAACUCAGACGAAAAGAUUUUGUCGUUGGUGUUACGGGCAACGCACUACUGUCUGACCAAGAAGAGUACCAGCAGGCUGGAGUUGAUUAUGUUAUCACGAAACCUGUGUACGAAAUCAACUUGAAAAGCAUGAUAGCACUGGCUGCUGAACGACGGAAAAAUGGUGAACCUUCGCCUCGACCGGACUGUUAA